AUCAACUGAAACCAGACAUAUUGUAGAGGCCAACCGUAGGAAGGACCGACGUUCCCCGCCCCUUAAUAGGUGGUACUCUAUUCAAAAUUCUGCUGCUGAUAAGACAGAAAAUCAGAAAACUGGACCGUUAGCGGACAAUGUCUUCGCGAAUAGUUGAACUCUGGGCAGAGAUACUUGAAGAAGAGGAACAAAAUGAAGCCCCAGAGCCCGAAAUUGCCGUAGUUUAUCAGAGGCAAAAGACCUGUGUUAACCCUCAGGAAAACGUCUCGAGGAGGCAAUCGAGCUCAAGUAGUGGGAAUGGAUGUAGGAAGAGUAUUGCGCCUGUGAAACGUGUCAGUUGGAACCGGUCCCUUUCUACCAGAGGAAGAACAAGUAUUGCUGUCACAACAUAUGCGGAUCAACAACCACAACAAAGGAAGAGUAGAAGAAAUGUUAAACCGCCUCUUCCCAGAGGGAAAGCUAUACAACCUCCCAAUUAUGAUAAAGAAAGAGCAUAUUUUCAAGAGGUUGAUGCCUUCGAAUUGCUAGAAGAAAGCCCCUCUCCAAAGAAACCUGGCACUUGGACCAUGGGCAACCAAGUUGACAAUGCUGUAAUACCACAUUUAUCUUCUGUAUUACACAAAUGGCUGAUCUCCAGGAAACUCAACCACACAUAUUCAUUCCCUGGAUCGCUGUCCAAGAUAUUAGAGACUCCAGUAUUAUCCGAGGAUCGUAUUUGUCGUCCUGAUAGCCUCUUAGGAAAAACAACCGGAAAAGACUCUGUGGGAGUUCAUUCAUGUUUGUAUUCAAUUCAGGAAAGACUCGAGUCAAGCUUGAAUGAUAAACAACUCUCUGCAAUGCGUAUUACGGAAGAGUGUGAGGAUAUUGAAGCUGCAGUUCGUAAACUCUCCUUGAGAUCAUCAGGGUCUUCAUCACUGGAGGGCUGGAAUUCUUUUUCAGCUCUUUUGACUGCCUGUGGGCAGUCAGUCCCUUCUACAUUAACUGAUAUAUUAUCGAGUUACUGUGGUCAAGAGACUAUAACCAAGGUUGGUGAAGGAACGUAUGGAGAAGCUUUUAAGGUUGGCAAUAAUGUGUGCAAAAUUGUUCCAUUUGGUGGAGAUUUCAGGGUGAACGGAGAAGUACAGAAGAAAUCAGAAGAAUUAUUGGAGGAAGUUGUUCUUUCAUGCACUCUCAAUCACCUGAGGGGGCACAAGAGUGAUGUACUGAAUGCCUGCACUACAUUCAUACAAACAGUAGAGUAUGUUUUCUCAUCUCUCAUCUCUGAAUCAACUGAAUUCUUUGGCCCUUCGAGUCUUAAUGCUUCGUUGAUAGUCAUUAUGUUGUUUUGGCUGCCUGUAUCAGAAUGGCUAGCUAGGUUUUAUGACUCUGCUUUAAUAAGUGCAUGGGAAGACUGGGACGGGAAGCAUGGUUCAGAAAAUGAUCAUCCGAAGGAUUUUCCAGCAGAUCAGUGUUAUGUUGUUUUUGUUCAAGAACAUGGCGGGCGAGAUCUCGAAAGCUUUGUUCUUUUGAAUUUUGAUGAAGCACGAAGUUUGUUAGCUCAGGUCACUUUAGCAUUGGCUGUAGCAGAGGCGGCAUAUGAAUUUGAACACCGAGAUUUGCACUGGUAUAGUUAUCAUAUUUUCUGGGGAGUUGUGGUAUAUUUCUCCCAGUUGCUGGGCAACAUUCUUUUAAGUCGGAAAGAUUCUGGUACUUUGCAAUUCAUUCUUGAGGGGAGAAAGUUACACAUCAAAACUUUUGGGUUGGUCGUGUCCAUAAUUGAUUUUACCCUCUCAAGGAUUAAUACAGGUGAAGAUAUACUCUUUCUGGACCUCUCGACAGACCCAGAACUCUUUGAGGGUCCUAAAGGCGAUAAACAAGCAGAUACUUACAGGAAGAUGAGGGAUGUCACUGAUGAAUGCUGGGAAGCAAGUUUCCCCAAGACAAAUGUGUUGUGGCUCCAGUAUUUGGUCGACAUUCUGCUCUUAAAGAAAUCCUAUGAAAGAACCUCCAAGGAUGAACGAGAUUUACGUUCUUUCAAGAAGCGCUUAAAUAGCUACGGUUCUGCCAAAGAGUGCGCUUCGGAUCCGUUAUUCAAUGACCUAUUGAUCGCCGGAUAAUGAAGCACGACUUGAAGUGGUGCUUGACAAAUGAAACUCUAGUU